CCGGCCUGACCUUUAUCUCACUCGUGGCGAUGUUUACUACACACCGCACCAGGUACUCAUUUGAGGCUGAGUCGCCCUAGGUGAGGCCCGGCACCGAUUCAGAUGAUCAUGACUGCUGUUGGCCGUGGGCGGGAAUCGACGGAUUCGUAUCGCAGCGCGCUCACUGCAACACCGCCCACACAUCUCGGCACGCACCCUCUGAGACGAGACGAGCAUUUGGGGCACUGCGUGGAGGCGCCACUGGCUCACGACGCGCACUGCCGAACUGCCCCGCCGCCCCUCCAUCGCGCACGGAGGUUGCUGACAUCUGUGAGGCGCGACCGCUGAAGCCGCCCCACCGCCCGACUCGCGCGAGAGGAAAUUGUCUCUCGGGACGGGGACGACGACGACGAGGAGGAGGAGGAAGAGGAGGAGGAAGAGGAGGAGGAAGCGUGCCCACAUCCAUUUGCACAUCGGAGGAGGUUUGCACCAUGACCCCGACUGCCAAGAGACGGUUGAACUCUGCCGUUUGUGGUCACGUGAAAUGGAAGGUUUUGGUAGUUUUGUCGCUUUUCGUGCUCGUGUGUUUACUGCUCAAUCUUCGCAGCACCUCGCGGAUUUUUGGCAAGCUGUGGAGAAAGCAGAGAUUGAACGUCACAGUGGAAUCCUCCCGGUGUCUUUUGCAAACGGAAAUAUUGCAACCGAUUCCGAACGGGAACGCCCUGGUCGUGUCGGCGUAUUUAGAUUCACGACUGGAACCGGGUUCAGUGCGCAUCCUCGCCAUUGUGAAGAGAGCUCCCCCCCUCGAGCUCCACUGCUACUUUGCAUGCCGCAAUGGACUUUUCGUGGUGGCUUCCCCAGCCGAAGUCAAUUUGUUUCAUGAUCACUUCGGCUUUCCUUGGGCCGCUGCCCAUAUCUUGUGCUCGUUGCACGGUGGCCCGUGCCUCAAGCCGGACAAAGUGGCACUCGUGUCCUCGGAGCGAUCCGAUGGGCAGUGCUUCGUCGCAAACAUUCAAAACGCAGCCCGACCGCAACCAGAGUUGAACAGCUUCACCCACAACUUUGGCGUCUGCAUCUCCACCCUGUUCGGAGGCUACAACAACGUGCUGCAGUUCACGCAGGCCAUGGAGAUGUACCGGCUGCUGGGAGCGGGACGCGUCACCAUCUACAACAGCAGCUGCGGCCCCGAGUUAGACCGGGUGCUGGCCCACUACACGGCCACUGGUCUGGUCGAGGUGAUCCCCUGGCCAAUAGAUCGGUACCUCACGCCGUCCACGGGGUGGACGUACCCAACUCACCCGGGCGACGUGCAUUACUACGGACAAAUAGCCGCUCUCAACGACUGCCUCUACCGACACAUGUACGACACGCGCUACCUGGUGAUGAACGACGUCGACGAGAUUAUAAUUCCAGUGGGUUGCGCUAGUUGGGCUUGCCUCAUGAUGCACCUCAAUAGGAUCUAUGAUGCAGCUGUCUACAGGUUUAAUAACCACGUCUUCCCAUACACGGCGGUGGACGACUUCGGCAGUGUGUUUGACAGAUGGAAGGGGAUCCCUGGCCGUAACAUUCUGACACAAGUACGCCGUGAACCAAACCCCAUCUUUGCAUUCAACCCGACAAAGAUGAUUCUGAACCCGAGGCAGGUUGUCGAGACGUCGGUGCAUUACGUGGUGUUUACCUUUGGCAAAAGAGCGUUGGUCUCGAGUUCACUUGCCAAGCUGCACCACUAUCGAUCGCCUGAAAGGCCAAAUAUCGAUAAACGGGAUCUAAUCAUAGACCCAGUGAUGUGGAAGUACAAGGCUGUUCUCGUGAGCAACGUGAAUUCCGUGUUGCACAAAGUGGGGCUUCUCCGUUAAUUAUUAAGGGAGGUGAUUGUUUUUUUUUUAUAUAUAACCAAUAAAGUUUAACUCAAUCUUGGUGCUGCCUUGUAUCACUUCAGAGCACGUAGGUGCACGCGUUCAAACAUUGCGUUUUAAAAUGUGAUCUCCCUUCUCCACACCGUCUCGUGUCUGCUGCAUUCGGAUAAUGCGAGUAACAUCCUGAAAUUUGUGGAUUCCUUUUUUUCUCUAUUCUAUAACGUUUUGGAGAUGGGAAGACUGCAUAAGGAUACGGUGUAAAUAAAAUAUAUAAUUCGUACAUA